GCAAUUCCUAUAUAUACACACACAUAAUACAUGCGACUAUUGUGUCAUAAAACAUUAAACAACAUCAUCUUCUUUUCCAAUCUCUCUCUGACUCCCCAAAUUUCUCUCAAGAAAAUGGAUAGAAGUAGCGCAGAUGAGAGCACAACUAGCGACUCUAUAUCGGCGGCGGUACCGGCGAAGACGAUGACGAAGUGGCCGGAGAGCGGGCUGUGCCGGAUGGGCAGCGGCGGGAGCGUGAUCAUCGACGCGGAGAACGGCGUGGAGGCGGAGUCCACCCGGAAGCUGCCGUCGUCGAGGUUCAAAGGGGUGGUGCCGCAGCCGAACGGCCGGUGGGGGGCGCAAAUCUACGAGAAACACCAGCGGGUGUGGCUGGGGACCUUCAACGAGGAGGAGGAGGCGGCGCGGGCGUACGACGUCGCCGCCCAGCGCUUCCGCGGCCGGGAGGCGGUGACGAAUUUUAAACCGUUGGUUUUAUCGUCGGAGGAGGGCCGAAACGACGACGUUCAGAUCGCGUUCUUGAACAACCACUCCAAGCUGGAGAUCGUGGACAUGCUGAGAAAGCAUACUUACGGCGAGGAGUUUGGGCAGUUUAAGGCCGCGUUUGGCCAGUUCGGAACCCGUUCUUUAAAAGACGAUAAUACCCUCGACAAAUCCAAUAAUUCCUCGACCCGCGAACCGCUCUUCGAGAAAGCCGUGACUCCGAGCGACGUCGGGAAGCUGAACCGGCUCGUUAUCCCCAAACAGCACGCCGAGAAACACUUACCUAUGCAAAACGCCGGCGCCGCCCCCAAGGGAAUCCUCCUAAACUUCGAGGACAAAACCGGCAAAGUCUGGAGAUUCCGCUACUCCUAUUGGAACAGUAGCCAAAGCUACGUGUUGACCAAAGGGUGGAGCCGGUUCGUGAAGGAGAAGAGCUUGAAAGCCGGAGAUGUCGUCUGCUUCCAGCGCUCCGCCGGGCCGGAAAAGCAGCUAUUCAUAGACUGCAAGACCGCCGCCGCCGCUGCGGCCGGUUCAUGCUUCGUUCAAGCCCAACACAGAAGCCCGGCGGCUCAGGUGGUUAGACUUUUCGGUGUUAACAUAUGGAAGGCGGCCGGAGACGUUAACGGUAACGCCGGCGAGAUUAGUAGCUGCGGCGGCGUGAAGCGGCUGAGGGAGAUGGAUUUGCUGGCAGUAGACGGCGGCAAGAAGCAAAGGGUUAUUGAUGCUUUGUAACAUUCUUAGACUAAUAAUUCCUCUUUUCUUUCAUAAUUUUGUGUUCCAAAUUUCAAGUGUAUAUUAUCCCAAAUGAAGCAAAGGAAAAAUGGAAAUAGAUCUUUAAAAAAAUAUCUGUUUUUAAUUUUA